GCCAUCGCUCAUUAUCACUCAAAUAUUACAUUUGUCUACUUUUUAUUGUUCUUGUUGAUUUAAUUGGUUGAGCGGAAAUUAUAUUGAAUUUGUUUAAUCGGUUAAUCUUUUUGAAAAUUGGAUAUUGAAAGGUAAAAUGCCACAACCAAUUAGUUUGUUAGAACAAUCGGCUCAAUGCUAUUUGGAUAAUGCUAAAAGUAUUCCAUUUUGGUUGGCUCUCAAACCUAAAACUGGUUUACUAUAUAUUUUUAUGGAUAAGAAAUUCAAGGAUUUAAUUUAUUGUUACGAAGCUAUUUGGAAGUUGACACCACCGGAGGAUAGUUGGGAGGAAAUAUCAACGCAGAUGAUUGGCGAGAAUGAUCAUCCGUGGGAUUAUUUAGGCUGUUCUAGAUGUUUUAGGUUAAAGAUUUGUUGGCCAAUAACGAAGCGAUUAAUUGACAGAAAUUGGAUAUUUCUCAUAAAUACGUUUACAGAACGAGUGACCAGGCAAAAUCUUUUAAUUCCUUCGUUCGUUUACGCCCUAAUGGAAAGGAAACAUUGGUCUUUCUAUUAUAUUUUCAAAAGGAUAACUAAUGAACAAUCGGAGAAUACUUUAACCCAAGUUUUCACUCAAAUACUAAACUCAAACCUAAAAGAUAAAUUCGAAUUAUUACACGAACUAUUAAACGUUGAAGAUAAACUACAAAUUCAUAAUAAAGGCUUAGAAUUGGAUAUAAUGAAAGCUUGUACAGAGCGCGAUGUACGAUUAGAAGAUUUCAAAAGUGUCUUAUCUCUAGGAGAUUGUAUAAGCGACUCAACUUCUCAUAUUAUUAGAAUAGCUUUGAGUAGUUUCAGGCAAAGAAACGCUGAAAUUUUUAUAUAUAUUUUGAAUAAGCAUCCAGAGAUAAUUCAAAUAUUCUUUGAAAUUGAACAAGUUGAAUUCCUUUUAAGUACAGCUUCAGAAAUUAUUGAAUAUCUACUGGAUAAAAAUCCAAAUAUAAUUGCAGUUUUGGAUUAUUGGCUAUCAAAUGAAAUAAAGAAAUAUGAAUAUGGUAAUUACAAUAAUACAAACAUAUUAAAGAGAGAUUUAAGGAAUUUGUAUAAAGUUCAAGUUUUAAUCAGUUAUUUUUCAAAUAAGACUACUAUAUACGAAUUAUAUGAUAUUUGGUUUGAUAAUGUUAGGAGGCAAUUCGCAAAAACAAAGAGUAAAGGAUAUUUCCUACCCUGUUUAGUUACUAUAGUUAAAUGUUUAGAUAAAUACGGUCUAUCAAUGGAAGAGCCUGGAAAUAGAUUCUGUUAUUGGAUUUUCAAGCAAAAAUCUUCAAUUGAUAAUAUCGAUUUUUGGCAUUUAGAUAUCUGUUGUAUAACUGAAAGAGUUUUAUAUACAUUCCUUAAAUAUGGAUAUACAUUUACUGGAGAUUUAUCUAUCUAUUUCGAAGAGUUUUCAUCCGGAGUUUUAUUAAAAACUCUCUCAAUAUUCUAUUACGCUUCGAGUAAUACUAUUCCUUUACCUGUGGAUUUUUUGAAGGAAACUCUAUCGAUUGUACAACCAAGAUCGUUGAUAAAUUUAAGUGCUGUUGCGGUAAGGAGAUUGAAAUGUCAAUCAAUGAAAAAGUUUGUUAAUUCUUUAAAUCUUCCAUCAAAAAUAAAUAAUCAAAUUCUACUUAAAGAACAUUUAACGUUGUUCGACAUAACUAGAAGGAUAAAUUUUGGAAUAUUUAAUGAGAAUUUUUCAAAUGACCUAGAAACUAUUAAUAAUCUCUUAAAUGAAAGAGUUUUUGACGAUAAGCACAAUCAUCACGAUUCGUUCAACGGUAAUGUAUCUUCCGAAUGCGAUCUUUAUUAUUCAAGCGACGAAGAGCAAACAAGACAAUUCGAAAGUGAGGAUGAAAAUUGAAUAGAAUUUUUGUCAAAUUGUAC